GGAGCUGCCGGCACUGGCGGAGCCACGUUGAUCGGCGCAGCAGCCCGGCCGCAGUGCCGGGAGCUGCCGGCGGGGUGAGCGCCCCCCGCAGCGGUGGGCGCCGCUGAGGCAGCAGCUCACGGUAAGCGCGUUAUGUGAAGUACGUACGACCGGCUACAACAGCGAGCAAAAUCAAGGCUCCUGCAAUUACAGGGAGAAGAUAGUGAGACUUCACUGGUGUCCARUCAGUGCCUGUAGCACUCUGGAGUGAUCCUGAGUCACCUGACUCUCCACCAGCAUCAAAACAAGUCUGAAAGGCCAUGAGCAAGAAGGGGCAAAGGUUGGUGACUUGCCCAGCAAGCAGCGGGAAGAGUAGUGCAUGGUGGCAGGAGAAGCUGAAGAGAUAGCUGGAAGAUUUGGAAAGGUCAGAGGAUUGAGACAAGACAAUGGAUUGGGGAGCUCUGCAUACCAUUUUGGGAGGUGUAAAUAAGCACUCCACCAGUAUCGGGAAGAUAUGGCUCACAGUCCUCUUCAUCUUCCGUAUCAUGAUCCUGGUUGUGGCUGCAGAGAGAGUCUGGGGAGAUGAACAAGAUGACUUUGUCUGCAACACUCUUCAGCCUGGCUGCAGAAAUGUUUGUUAUGAUCAUUUUUUCCCCAUCUCUCACAUCAGACUCUGGGCCCUGCAGCUGAUCUUCGUCUCCACACCUGCRCUACUGGUGGCCAUGCAUGUGGCUUACAGGAGACAUGAGAAGAAGAGGCAGUUCAGAAAAGGAGACCAGAAAUGUGAAUACAAGGACAUAGAGGAAAUCAGAAGACAGAGGUUUCGUAUUGAGGGCUCUUUGUGGUGGACAUACACCAGCAGCAUCUUUUUCAGACUGAUCUUUGAAGCAGUCUUCAUGUAYGCGUUUUAUUUCAUGUACGAUGGUUUCCGAAUGCCUCGCUUAAUGAAGUGUAAUGCCUGGCCCUGCCCCAACACGGUAGACUGCUUUGUUUCCCGACCUACUGAAAAGACCGUGUUCACUAUUUUCAUGAUUGCUGUGUCCAGCAUUUGCAUUCUUUUAAAUGUGGCUGAAUUGUGUUACUUACUGACAAAAUUUUUCCUCAGAAGGUCUAAAAAAGCUGGAAAUUCAAAACAGCAACCCAACCAUGAGAAUAAGGAAGAAACCAAACAAAACGAAAUGAACGAGUUAAUAUCUGAUAGCUGCCAGAACACAGUUAUAGGGUUUACAAGUAGCUAAGGUGGUGUCAGUGCUGAUGUUCACUCUUUUUGGAGUGAAUGUUUUAAAGGCUGCAAAUGAAAUUUGUUGUAUGAAACAAAGUUGGGUGAGAUUUUAAUGCAUAGUGUCAGAUGUCAAGUAUGUACAUGUCUGGGAAAAGUCAGGGGAGCCUAAACAUGUGAAAAUUGCRUGAGGAUUAAAUAGGAAGAUACGUUUUCCUGUGAGAACCCUUACAAGCUGACUAUGACAAGUUGGAAACUCACUGCUACCUUCUUGAAAACUAAAUGCAACAGCAAUAAGAACAAAACUUUCCAAGUUAGGUGUGCUAGUAUUACAAAAUGUUUUGUAAUGGCAAUAGUUUUUACUUGUGAACUGAUGAUUAAAAUAUUUUUCUAAAGUCUAAGAUUCCAUGUGACUUUAAGGUUUUAUAGCACAAAAGUGUUUUAUUUCUUAACCAGGCAUAUGCAGAUGAACCCGCUAAUACCAUAUUCAUAGGGAGGGGACAGCAAUAGAUUACAUAUCUCUUCACAGUUUUAUAAGUGCUGCUUGAGUCUGGACAGGUAGCUUGAGAUGCUUGCAUACACACUGCUGGCUGUAGGGGAAUUGUAUGAAAGCCCACCAGUGUGGAUAACUGAGAUAGCUAGAUUCUGAGUGCARUCAUGCCUAAAACCAGCACAAGAAUAUAGUUGCAGCCUAUGUAGACUUGUUCAAACGUCUAGCGAACCUGGUAAUCUCAUCAAUCUUUUAAUUGCAUCCUGCCAGUUUUAUAGCAAAUUACGUACAUUUAUGUAGAUGUUUAUUUCUCUAAUGUAUUAGCUGUAUUUGUUUCUUUAUGCUGUAUCACAUCAUGAAACUUUUUUGGUUUUGAUUUGUUUGCUUUUUUUUUUUGUAGUAGACUGGUGCUGUUAUGAGACUAGAGGCUAUCUGGUUUCAAGGAUGUGGAAAAGUAUUACUGGAAAURGAGCGAGUCUUCUAAAUAAAAGGCAAACACUUUAAACUUUCUUAGUGAAGUGAGAGUCUAUAUGUGAAUCCUAGGUGAGAUUUUAAGUAGGAGCUUGCAAAACCUUUUCAAGUGAAGACUCUGCAUCCAAAGUAGUUUUCUUGUCCUUACUCUAAUGGAAAUACACAGGUAACUCUGAGUGCAUGCAGUAUGUGCCUGUGGGAGGGGUAUGCUGGUGAAGGCAGGGGAACCUGAAGAGUUGGGUGCAGUGCAAGACCCCAGAUGUGUCUUGUGCGCUUCCUAUUUUGGACUUCUUCUCACCACCCAUGGAUACACUGACCUCGGUCGAGCUAAGUUUUGGGGGUUGGUUUGUUGCUUUUUCACAAAUGGAUUAGCCUCAUUUUUGUGUAAUGGAGCUACUCUCUCAAGGGGCGUAACAAAGAGCAGGUAUCCUUGGGAAGGAGAGAUUGAAGAGUGUACUUUUCCUCAUGCUGUUUUACCACACUUCUCGCAGGUGGUCACACAGCUCUGUGUGUGUGUCUGUGCUGCAAGUGGGCUUGGGGGGUCGGUUGUUUUAUGUGACUGGUAAARCCCUAAUAGGGAGCAGGCACAAGCAACAGGACAGAGAAAAUACCUAGAGUCAGCUCUGUCGCUGCAUGAGGGCCUGAGCUGAGCCCUGUCAUUUAUCUAUUCUCUUCCACUGGCAAACUCCUGAUCUUUCCUGCCUUCACAGCACAUUUUCUUUUCUAAUCACUGUUGUGAAAAGAAAUUGCUGUUAGUCUUCCGAAUGUGUAUACCAGCAAGCUCGAGGAAAAAGUAUACACAAAAACUGUAAAUGACUGUGUAUUGCUCUCUCUGCAGAUUUAAGGAAGCWAUUCCCUUAGGGUCAGGAAGGUGAGUGCUCAGGCUGUUCCUCACCGGGUCACUCCCCAGUCUGCCCAGGGGUACAAGCAUUGUGAUGAUUCCAGGGUGUGGAGACACGUCUACUUCUCUUCCAGGACUGUUACAUGGAACAACUUGAGACUUGACUUUUAUUCAGGACAUGCUGUGGAUCACAUACCAUAUUGUGAAUACGAAUAGAGAUCAGUUAAUAAUUAUGCGUGAUUGUAUCUCACUUCUUCAGUGACCAAUUUGAAAUAGCCCUAYGCUAAAUGCUAAUAAAUCGUCAAAACACCUUAA